CCAUGUACUGAAGAGGGUGUCUUGAGCGCAGGAUGCUCACUCACCAAUCUCACACUUUUGGAGGACUGCCUGUGCACCAAUGACACAUUACUCUCUGGCAUGUCGACCUGUGUGCAGACAUCCUGUCCAUUCAGCGAGCAGGUGACCACGGGGAGUCUUCUUAUAGCAACAUGCGCCGCUUUUCCCAUUGAAAGCCGGGUCAGCGAUCUGGGCUUCGGCCUGCAUUAUUGGGAUGUGCAAGUGGCCAAUGCCGCACAUCUGCUGCAAAUAUUCUACGCCGUCGAGAUCAUUUACACCUGGGUAAAGUUGGUCGCCAAGGCCUCUAUUAUCCUAUUGUAUAUGCGCGUCUUCACGGCCAGAUGGUUUCACUUGGUUUGCUACGGAUGUCUCUGUUACUGCGGUCUCUCAGUCAUCUCAUUCACCUUCGUCAUCGCAUUCCAGUGCCGCCCUGUUGAAGCCAUCUGGAAUCAUUUCAUCGUUGGCCAAUGUCUGGAUGUCAAUGCGAUAGGUUACGCCGGCGCCGUACUUUCUAUCGUUGAAGACAUCGUCCUCGUACUUCUCCCGAUCCCAGAGCUACGAAAACUGCAGAUUAGCGCCAGGCAGCGCAUUGGUGUUGGUCUCAUGUUUGGCCUGGCCUCCUUCGCGACCGUCACAAGCAUGAUCCGCCUCAAGUAUCUCGUACAGUUUAGCAAAACGUUUGAUGCCACAUACGACAAUGUUAAUACUGUGGUCUGGUCGCUGAUCGAAGCUACUUGCAUUAUUGUCUGCGGAUCCCUGCCUCCUUUGAGGCCGUGGUUCGGCAAGCUUGUAGUUUCGAUCAGUACCCUCAAGACAAGGAGGCCAGGGGAUGCAGGGUCUGCGAUCCCGGGAAAACGAAACAUCACCAAU